GAAUCAAAGCUUCACCUUCAACUUUCUAUACAUUGCCUUUACUAUCAAUCAUCAACAAGAAUCUCAAUCAAAAAAUGGCACGAAGAUAUGACUCUCGAACUACCAUCUUUUCACCCGAAGGUAGAUUGUACCAGGUUGAAUAUGCUAUGGAAGCUAUCAACCAUGCCGGUACAGUCAUCGGUAUCCUCGCUUCCUGUAGUCCACCCUCCUCCGAAGAGACUAAGACGGGUAGUGGCUCAGAGGAUGUAGCAAUGACCGACGUGACUCAAACGAAAGAAGACUCCAGUUCAAAGAAAGGAAAGCGAAGGACAGGUGUCGUUUUAGCUGCAGAAAAGAAAGUGACGAGCAAGCUUCUGGAGAAAGAGCAGGGAUCAAGUGAAAAGAUCUUCCUAAUCAACAAUAAUUUAGUGUCCGGUGUAGCUGGGUACACAGCCGAUGCCAACUCCCUCGUUAACUAUUCACGUUCCGUCGCUCAGAGUCAUUUAGUUUCAUUCGAUCAAGAUAUGCCUGUAGAGCAGAUGGUCAAAAGAGUUUGUGAUUUGAAGCAGGGUUACACUCAGUUUGGAGGACAACGACCAUUCGGAGUCUCCUUUUUAUUCGCUGGUCACGACCCACAUCAUCAAUUUCAGCUGUAUUCGACCGAUCCAUCAGGAAAUUAUGCCGCCUGGAAAGCCACAUGUAUUGGUAGUGGUAAUUCAACCGCUACGUCGUUACUCAGACAAGAUUAUAAAGAUACGAUGGACUUGGAUGAGGCAAUCGUCUUAGCCCUCAAAGUCUUGAGCAAAACUAUGGAUGCUACCACACUUAGCUCUGAUCGAGUCGAGUUCUCUGUCAUCUCUCUAGAUGAAGAAACUGGUGCUCCACAUGUUCAUAUUUACAAGCCAGAAGAAGUGGACGCUUUGUUGAAAGAGCAGGGGUUGACUAAGGUCAGUGAUACGGACACUGCCAUGGCAUCUCAAUAAAUCAAAAACAUGCAGAUUUUCGUAAGGUGUGCCCAACUUGGGGCAAUAUCAUGACUUCUUAGUCACAUAAACAUGAUCCCCUUGAUCAGGAUAUUUGCAAGUUGAGGAUAAAUUCAUAUUCGAAAGAUCUUGGGUACUGCACCUCAGUGGCUUGUAUUCCACGAGACACAAACAAUGAUGGUUCAAAUGUAAAAUAGGGUACUAUGAGAAUCAAUAAGAAAUAGUGAAGCCAAGUGUUAGCUUU